AUGAAGUAUCUGCUUCAGGCCAUCGAUGCGAACCGUGGCGACGUGUCGCUUAGUGAUGCGGAGCUACAUCGGCUGCUCACUGAGGCGCGCCGCGGCCGGGACGAAAAAGAAGAGUUUCAGGAAUCGAUCGAGCGGAUCCUCACCGAGCUGCGCAACUAUACCGAGCACUCGCAGGCGUUCUUGGCUCGCGUGAGCAAGCGUGAUGCGCCGGACUACUACGACGUGAUCAAGAAUCCCAUGGACCUAGGCACCAUGCAAAAGAAGCUCAAAGGCGGGCAGUACAAGAACAAGGCGCAGUUUGCGCACGACCUCGACCUGAUCUGGGACAAUUGUCUUCUGUACAAUGCAUCGCCACAACAUCCGCUGCGGCGCAACGCGACAUUUAUGCGCAAAAAGGCGAAUCACCUGCUCGGCUUCCUGAGCGAAAAGAGCGAGAUCAAGGAUAUGCUGAGCCACUGGCACUCGCCUGCGCCUGAAGUGCGUGCUGAGGAGCCGAAAGCUGCCGCGGCGCCGGCGCCGGCGCCCCGCCCCCCGCCGCCGCCGGACGUGCAUGUAGACGAGGAGGAGCGCGACGAGGCGCUCGGCACGCCGUUUGCGCAGCACGUCGCACUGCGGCGCAGCGUCGAGUCGACGCUCGUAUUCUCCGACCUCGACCCCCGCCUGGACGUCGCGGCGGCCGAAGGACAGGCCGAGGCGAGCACGAGCGACAGCAGCGGCCUGCCUGCCGCGCUCUCGAUGCUCGAGCAGGUGCAGCUCUCGGGCGGCGUCGACCCCCUCGGUACCGCGCUCUCGCUGCGGCGGCGGCGGCGCGCGGACAAGGCGCCGAUCCCACCGCACGACGCGACGCACGCGUGGUGGGCCGCCUGUGGCUCGGACGCGAUGCUCUGUGCCGGCGUCCCCGCCGUGCCCCAUGCGGGCCGCGCGCGCGGCUGUGGGGAUCCGAUGCCGUCCCCCCCGUCGCGCCUGCCGUCUGAGCGCGCCGGGAUGCCGCGCAUGAUGGCGCGCAACAUCAAAACCAUGCGUCGUCUGCACCACACGCACCAAAAGUUUUUCAAGCUCGCCGACGUCGUCGAGCACGAGCUGCCGAUUCCCGCAGACCUCGCCUACGCCUCGUCCUCCGACGAGGAAGGCGACGACGAUGCGCCGGAGCCCCCCCGCCCCCCUCAUACCCCCUUUCCUACGCUCUUCCCCCGCCUUACGCCGCAGUACGCCCGCGAGCAGAUGUCGUGGCAGGUGCAGAUGCUUCUGGCGCACACCGGCUUUGACGGCAGCCAUACAGCCGCGCUGCAGGUGCUUACCGACGUCACGCGCGAGUACAUGAUGAGCCUCGGGCGGACGCUGCGCCUGUACGCCGACCGCUUUGCCCCCAAGAUGGACGCGGAGGAGAUGGUCGUGCACGCGCUGCACGGCAGCGGCGGCACGCGCGUGUGCCAGCUCGAUGCGUACGUCAAGAACGAUGUCGAGCGCUACGGCGUGCGGCUACGAGAGUGGUUGCGCAAGCUACAAGGCGCCUACCGCGAGCAGCUCACGAACCUCGGCCGCGCAGUCGUGGAGGACGACGAGCUGCUCGCGGACGACGGUCAGGCACUCGCGCUCGGCCACUUUGCCGAGGGCCUCGGCGACGACUUUUUCGGCUUCCGCGAGAUGGGCCUCGACCGCGAGCUGGGCCUCGCCGGGCUCUCUGUCCCCAGCCGGCUCUUUUACGGCCGCGGAGGCGGGCAGAGCGUCGUUGCAUCCGACGGCGACCGCAAGACCGCACCCACCUACGCGCCGCCGCCGCCCGUGGUGCCCGUGUGCCGCGCGAGUCUUCCCGCGCAAAUCGGCCUGCUGCGGCCGUGGUACGCGGCGCACCUCGCCGGCAGCACGCCCGCGCAGCCCACCGAUAUCGUGCCCGAGACGUCCCCCGAGCGCCCCCGCUACAAAGUGCCGACAAGCGGCAAGCUCCCUGUGCGCCCCCUGUACGGCGAGACCCCGGCAGAGGCGCGUGCGCCCGACAAAAAGGGCCCUGCCAAGCCCCCCCCCGCGAAGCGCAAGCGCGCCGCGCCUGCGUAG